CAGUCUAUAGCUAAUCGUUGGCACAAACAGUUCGCAAACAUUGUCGGCGCGGAAAAGAGGUUCGUCACUACUAAGUCUAAAAAGAUUUAUCAGUGUUUGUGUACUUGUGUUUGUUAACGUGUGAAUGUUCGUUCAAUAGUGUUUACUUGGCCUUUUAGCAAGCAGGCUUAAUCUAAAUACGGAAUUUGUUCCCAUGUACAAAUCCCCAAGUUGGGAGUGUUGUGCUAGCACCAUAUUGUGCCAUUUCUGUGAUAUUUGAGAGAAAAAAAAUUUAAAACAGAUUGCAAGACUUAACAAACAAACCACAAAGCUUAGUAAAUUUGGACGGACCACCUAGAGUCAACUGAUUCGCAACAUAGAAGUUGCCAAAGGAUUCAAUCAACACACUGGACUUUGGAUAUGCGAUAGUUUGAUUUUUAAUUGACAUUAAAACACUCAAACAUCGCCUGUGACAAGCUCUGUAGGAAAUUUUGCAAAAGACCAUCUGGAAGUUUACACCGCACAAAAAUGGAUGCUGAAUCUGAGGGAGUCCAGCCAGUUGAUCCAAAAACCAAUGUUUCGAAUGCCGAAGUGGAUUUAGCAGCUCGACGCCGCCUGUUUAUGACCCAGGCCUCAACAUUGGCCUCCAGGCGCCAGCAAGCAGUUUGUGUUCGCCGCGCUCAUAAAAUGUAUGGCACGGCCAAAAACCCCAAUGUUGUCCUUGACGGGCUCAACAUGACUGUUGCAAAAGGUUCCAUAUAUGGUUUGUUGGGGGCAUCAGGCUGUGGCAAGACAACUCUGUUGGCCUGUAUAGUCGGACGAAGGCGCUUGAACUCUGGUGAAAUAUGGGUGCUUGGAGGAAGGCCUGGCUCAAGGGGAUCUGGUGUUCCAGGUCCUCGCAUCGGAUAUAUGCCACAGGAGGUGGCUCUUUAUGGCGAAUUCACGAUGAGGGAAACUCUCAAAUACUUCGGUUUAAUUGCGGACAUGACUGCUGGCGAUAUUGAAGAUAGGACCGAGUUCCUGUUGAAGUUGUUAAACUUGCCGAACGGCUCUAAAUUCGUUAAGAAUUUAAGUGGCGGCCAACAGAGGCGCGUCAGCUUGGCUGUGGCACUGUUACAGGAACCGGAACUUCUAAUACUGGACGAGCCGACUGCCGGUGUGGAUCCCGUUUUGCGACAGAGCAUCUGGAAUCACCUGGUGGACAUAACCAAGAAUGGCAACACAACUGUGAUAAUUACAACACAUUACAUCGACGAGUGUGCUCAGGCGCAUGCGAUUGGACUAUUGCGUGGAGGCCGCAUGUUGGCGGAGGAAUCACCCGAGUAUUUGAGGCAGCAAUACAAUGCCGAAUCCUUGGAGGAGGUGUUCUUAAAGCUGGCCAUUUUGCAAAACAUGGGAAAACGGCGACGAUCGUCCAUUGCCCAGGAAAUAGUGGAGCAAGUUGACGUGCCUGCCAUAUCAAACCCGGCAUUGGAUUUGUCCGACGAACAGGGUGCUGCGGAAAUAUCGGGUGAGUUCGGUGACAACAUCUCUAUGUCUUCGGCCAUUCGAGAUCCCAUAAGUGCAUCUUCUGUGCCCGCACCGCCCUUGCCACCUGAACAAGAGAUGCCUGCCUCGUUCUGGUACAACCUUCAUGUGAUGAGUUGGACACAUUUGCAUGCCUUGACAUGGAAGAACUUCUUGUGGAUGAUACGAAACGUUGGCGUUAUGAUGUUCAUUUUGGGCUUGCCUGUAAUACAGAUUGUGCUCUUCUGCUAUGCGAUUGGCCACGACCCUACCGGGCUGAAGAUAGCCGUUGCCAACUACGAACUCUCCGGGGAAAUGAUUGCCGACCAACACUGUCCACUGACAAUUGGCUGUAAUCAGACAAUGCUUAGUUGCCGUUAUCUCGAUUUGUUAAUCAAAAAUAAAAGCUACGUUGUGACGUACACCAAUAGCGACGAAGAGGCCCAUGAGCUCGUGAGAAGAGGCAAGGCGUGGGGUUCCUUGGUAUUUCGCAGCAACUACUCGGAUGCACUGGUUGAACGAACAGAAAGCGCCCGCUAUACAGACGAUGGCACCGUGGAAGCCUCCGACUUGGAUGUAAGGCUGGACAUGUCAAAUCAACAGAUCUCAACACUGCUAUACAGGGAUUUGCAGUAUACAUUCUUCGACUUCGUGGAAAAUAUGCUCAUUGACUGUGAUCUCAAUCCAAAGCUGGGACGGGUGCCCGUCGACUGGAAUGAUCCCAUUUAUGGCUUCAACAAUCCAAACUUCACUGACUUUGCAGCCCCAGGAGUUAUUCUCACCAUCAUCUUCUUUUUGUCGGUGGCCGUUACAUCGGGCGCUAUGUUAAUUGACCGCAACGAAGGCAUGCUGGAGCGCUGUUUGGUAGCGGGAAUCACGGGGCCAGAGAUCUUGUUGUCGCAAGUUCUUACGCAGUUCACCGUAAUGUUUACUCAAAUGAUCUUUGUGCUGCUGGUCAGUUUCUACUUUUUCGAGCUAACCGUUGUCGGCAACAUUUGGCUGGUAGUAGGGCUGUGCGUCCUAAACGGGUUGUGCGGCAUGUGCUUCGGUUUUGUGAUCGCCUGCGCCGUUGAUACUGAGCGCACCGCGACCUAUGUGGCGAUGGGUUCGUUCCUGCCAAUUGUAAUGCUGUGCGGAAUCAUUUGGCCCAUUGAGGGCAUGUACCCACUGCUACAGUUCAUCACCUUUUUCUUGCCGCUCACCAAACCGACGGAAUCUCUGAGAUCGAUACUACAGCGUGGUUGGGAUAUCUCAAAUCCCUCCGUCUAUGCUGGAUUCAUUUCCAUAUCGUCAUGGGUUCUUGUGUUCCUAAUUCUAAGCAUUCUGCUCUUGAAGUUCAAAAAGGGCUAGUCGUCUCUACCGCAUUUGGCGCUCUAGGUGCCCCCAAGCGAACAUCGAAAUUCCUCCGUAUAUAGACACCCAUAUACGAUUGGACGGAAUCCUCUUCCCAUCAUGGCAAUCGGCAUCAAAUAAUCGCACAUAUGUAAUCAACAUCAACUCCCAUGCACACAAGGCACUUCUCGGCAUAAGUGAUUGAUAAUUAGUAUUUAAAAAUUUUUACCCUUUGUUGGAACUCCUCUAGCCUGUAAGCAAUCUCUGUGGCGGGUUCUCACUCAAAUGCAUACAAUCAACACACAACAGCGUACACUUACACACACACACACACAAUGACACACACACACACACAGUUAUUAAUAGGAAGCUGCAAGUGCUGUCCAUCCCUCCAACGAACUGGCCAUGAAUCGGAGCCUAGGGCGUAUUCAUGAAAAGCACUGUCGAUCGAAUGCGGCUGAUUUAGUUUUAAGGCUUCUUUAACAGACAGGGACAACACUUAGUUUAAGACAUACCAUUUUAUUUCAGUACGCGUGAUUUUAGGCAACAGAUGAUAAAUAAAUACAUAAAUACCUUGGUAUGUGUGUGCGUGGUUACACAUGUACGCACACAUGUACUCAGCAAUAAGAAAA